GCAGUGAAUCUGGAAAACAGUGUCUGAACUGCCUGGAAGGCGCUCCCUGAUUGUGCUGUCCCUUUAUCGUUCGAAAGGAACUUGGGGUUCUGGCCCACCUGCCAGAGCCUGACUCAUGGAAUGUCUCCCCACCCUCAGCCAGGGCAGUGGCCCUCCGCCCCUCCCCCGCCACAGAAUGUCAUGAGGUCAUGCAUUCUCACCCUGUUUAGAUUCAAACUUUCCCAGCCUUGGCUUGGGUCUUGAGUGUCUCUCCUGCAGCAGCUCACCGUGUGGGGCCCAGACCUGACUUUUGUCACUGUGGAGGCUGCCAGGCGGCAGCGUCCUCUGCCUGUGCGGAUGGCUUUCCAAGGAGCAUCUGCAGUGCUGGGAGGCCAUGUGGCCACGGACCAGGGAGCCUCCCUGUCUGCUUUCAUGGCACGGCCCUUCCCCCCACCCACUGCCGGCGCCUCCCACCGGCCACUCUGGGGGCAGCACCCGCCGCCCCUCCUGACCACGCCAUUCCCUCCUGGUGGCCCCCUGGUGAUGCCAGCUUUCUCCAGGACUCCGCUGGUGGCAGGAGAGGCUGGCCUUGGCCCCAAUGGGACUGGGACCUGCAAUGUCACUGUGCAGGUCAGGUCAGAACAGGGGUGCUCCGUGACCCCCCAGACUCAGACCAUCGUCCUCACUCCGGCCCCCCUCAGCUGGAGUGCUCCAGGGGCCCUCGGUGGGGGUGCUGCGUGUCCCGCACCCAUCUUCGUGACAGCCUCUGCGGUGGAGACCAGCAUGCCUGCCUCGGCCCGUGGGGGCUCCCAGGCCGGCAAGGGAGGCUUGGCUGCAAGCCUUCCACCUCCGGCUCAGCCCCCAGUCACGCAGCUGACCACCGUCGUGCCCCCAGUCAACGCCAGGCCACAGCCUCACGGAGCUUCCAGGAGCCGGACCACGGCCUCGCCCCAGGACUCCAGUAACCCCAAGAGUGUUUACGAGAACUUCCGGCGCUGGCAGCGCUUCAAGUCGCUGGCCCGGAGGCACCUCCCGCAGAGCCCCGACGCAGAAGCUCUCUCCUGCUUUCUCAUCCCGGUGCUACGGACCCUGGCGCGCCUGAAGCCCACGAUGACGCUGGAAGAGGGAGUGCGGCGGGCCGUGCAGGAGUGGCAGAGCAAAAGCAACUUUGACCGCUUCAUCUACUACGAGAUGGCGGGAAAGUUCAUGGAAUUCGAGAUGGAGGAGGAGAUGCAGAUGCGGAAGUUACAGUGGGUGAAGGUGGCCCAGGGCCUGCCUCCCCCAGCGCCCCCGAAGCCCGAACGGCGGGGGCCCCCAGCCGCGGAAGCGGGCCCGCAGCCAGCGUGCGUUCCCAGGAAGGCUGGUUACAGGGCCCAGCCCUCCCGCCUGCAGCCAUACCGACCCCCGCGGCGCCGGCAGACCAAGGCGCCCAAGGAGAUCCCUCCAGAGGCUGUGAGAGAGUACGUGGACAUCAUGGAGGGGCUGCUGGGGCCUGGCCGCUCAGCCCCGGGGGGCCCGGCAGGUGAAUGGGGAGAGGACGGAAAGGAGCCACAGCAGGACGAGGCCGCGACCUACCCGGACCCGGGUCUCCUGAGCUACAUUGACGAGCUGUGUUCCCAGGAAGACUUCAUUACCAAGGUGGAGGCAGUCAUCCACCCCAGCUUCCUGGCGGAAUUGCUGUCCUCGGAACCACAGCUGGACCUCCUGGCCCUGGCUGAGAAACUGGAGCAGGAGGAAGGGCUCAGCCUUGCAGAGCUGGUGGAGAAAAGACUGGCGGCCUUGAAUACGGAGGAGGGUGUGCAGGCACCGCCACGUCUCUGCGCGGCCCGAUCGGGCCCCAGUGCUGAGCACGAGACUGGUCCCGGGAAGGGGCUUGGGGUCAGCGACAAAGCCUGCCCAGCAGACACCGACGGCCAGGACCUUCAGAGGCACGGCCGAGCACAGACACACCUGUCGGGGCCCAGAGCCAUUGCUCUCUGUCCCGGACGACAGGAGGCACCUGCACCCAGGGCCCGACGGGUCCCCGCCCCUCCCCAGGGUCAAAGGUGCGCCACCCCUGGACCGGGCCCCAGGGAUACCCCGCUUCUCAGAGAGGCCCCUCCUGCUAGGGACACUCGAGGGCUGGUGGAUGGGUCCAGUGAGGACGAGGAGGAGCUCCCCAGCCUGGCCUUCCUCCUGGCCUCUCAGCACAGGCUGCUGCCCUGGAGGCUCUCCCAGAGUCCCGCUCCUGCCUCAGUCAUCCCCAGCCCUGGCGGUUGGGGGCCGCAGGGGGCUCCACGGGCCCCCUCUCCUCAGAGAAUAGGCCUCGGCCCGGCCACCGACCCAGCUACAAAGUCCAGGAAGCGGGCUCUGUGUGAAGGUCCUGCCUCUGUGGCAAAGAUGCCCCUGCCUGGGGCCAACCUCAGGGUGUCUGGGAGGCCGGCCUUGGCUGUGGGGCUGGUUCACCCCUCACAGCCUGCAAAGAGAAGGCGUGACUCCUUGGUCACAGGGAGGAGAAGGAAUCGUCACUGCAGCCAGUAGGGAGAAGUGGGCCUGCGCUCCAGGGCCGGCACACCCCGGGGCCCCCCAAGGAGCCUAGGGGGUCCUUCUCAUCCUGGUGCUGAUUCUGGCUGUGGG